ACAGUGUCAGGUUCGGCCUCGGUGUUGUACAGCGGGGAAGAUGGCUGCGUCCAAGGUGAAGCAGGACAUGCCCCCUCCAGGGGGGUACGGCCCGGUGGAUUAUAAAAGGAACCUGCCUCGUCGGGGCUUUAGCGGUUAUACUAUGUUUGCUGUAGGUAUAGGAGUCAUGAUCUAUGGAUACUAUAGCAUCGGCAUGUGGAAUAGAGAAAGGAGGCGACGAUACAUUGAAGAUCUAGAGGCUCGAUUAGCACUGAUGCCUUUAUUACAGGCAGAAUACGAUAGGAGGGUACUGCGAGCUUUGAGAAUAAAUUUAGAGCAAGAGGCCAUUAUUAUGAAAGAUGUCCCUGGCUGGAAGGUUGGAGAGUCUACCUUUCAUACAGGCCGCUGGGUGCCACCCAUUUUAGAGCAGCUGUACAACCUGCGCCCCAAAGAUGAGCUUGAAAAUGAAAAAUAUGCUUUCAGGAUGUAUGUUUGA